UCCAACUCUUCCAUUUGUUUUUAGUCCGGCAAAAACGCUAAAAAAUAUCCGGCUAAACUCAUUGAUUAUCGGAUUAAUUAUUAAAGAUUUAAAAAAACAAAACAAUGGAUAAUCCACAAAUGAAAUAGUUCAUCGACUAUAUUUUGCAUUUGAUACUUUUAUUUUUUUUUAUUUUGAAAGAAAAUGGCUGAAAUCAACUUAGCCCUCACUAAAGAAGGCUGGUACCUGACAGACCAAGGAAUAGAGGAGUUGAAAGGCACUUCUGAGAACCCCUCAGCUAAUUACAUUAUUCGCAUUGCACUCAAUAGUGACCUGAGGCCUAUUGGCAGGAAGUUUCUCCCUACGGACAUCAACAGUGGCCGGGUGGAGAAGUUGGAGGGUCCGUGUGUGCUGCAGGUUCAGAAGGUGAGGAACGUGUCGGCUCCCAAGGACAAUGAGGAGUCUCAGGGAGCCCCCAGGAUGCUGCGGCUGCAGAUGACAGACGGACACACCAACGCUGUGGGCCUCGAGUUCACACACCUGUCCCAGAUCAGCCUGAACACCCCUCCAGGAACCAAGGUGAAGGUCCUUGGUACGGUCCAGGUGAAGAAUGGCAUUCUGCUUCUGGACGACUCCAAGAUCUCCGUCCUCGGAGGGGAGGUCGACCACAUGAUGGAGAAAUGGGAACUGCAAAGGAGCUUGGCCAAACACAGCAGGAGUAACAUCGGACGAGAAGGUGGAGCCCCUCCCUUCGUGCCCUUCGGACAGAAGUGUGUAAGGAAUGAGGAAGUGGACUCCAGAGAGCUGGACACCAGGAAGACUCUGGUCAGCACCAGUGUGGUGAAGACGGCUGACGAGAACGAAGAGUUUGAGAAGCAGAGGCUAGCAGCCAUCGCUGAGGUGGCCAAGAACAAAGAGGGAACUCGGACGUUUGGCGGCGGAGGCAAUGCUGGCGGGAACCUCGGUAAUACAGGCGGUCGGGACCGACGAGGAGGAGGAGACCGAGGAGACAGGGACUCGUACCGGCAGAGACGAGAGGAGAGGACGGAGGAGUCCAGCCGUCCAGAGGGAAACUACAGAGAGCUCGGGAGUUACCGGGAACAACCAAACUACCGGGAACUAGGAAAUUACCGCGAGCUGGUGGAUGAGCGGGCCCUAAGGGACAUUAUGGAGAUGGGGUUUGAUAAGGAGGAUGCUCGUCAGGCCCUGAUGGACAACAACAACAACAUGGAGGUGGCUCUCAACAGUCUACUGACGGGGACCUUCAAACCCCCCACCCCCCGAGGAACCCAGCAGACCCCCACCCAGAGAGGUAAGCCCCCCCCACCCAGAGCAGACAGAGGAAGGGGUCGUGGCCGGGGUCGGGGUCGGUCCAGUAGGUUUGGGGGUGAGGAUGAGGAGGAGGGAGCAGGAGGAAGACCAUCAGGACCCAGCACUCUGUUCGACUUCCUGGAGUCCAAGAUGGGGAGCUUCUCCCUACAAGAGCCAAAGAGCCAGUCCUCCCAGAGGCAUCACGAGGGUAAGAUGACGUUCCCUCCUAACAGCCAGUCCCAGGACAGGUACCCCCAACGCAGCGACAGCCGCAACGACAGGUCAGACGGCAGGAACGACUGGUCCAGGAACGACAGAUCACGGAAGGAGAGAAACGACAGAUCAGACUCAGGAACGACAGGAACGACCGACCACCUCGUUUCCAGAGGGAUAGUGACAAGGAUUUCCCUAAACCUGGCCACGACCCUCCAUCGCCACAUCCACCCCUUCCCCAGCCUCAGCUCCAGCAGGAGCUGGCAGGGCCAGGAGAGAGCCCAGGACAGAGGCCAGGAAAGGGGCCAGACACAGGAGAAGGCCCCUCCUGGAGGUGGAGGAGGGUCAGAGAGGUGGAGAGAGGCCCAGGACAGAGGCCAGGAAAGGGGCCAGACACAGGAGAAGGCCCCUCCUGGAGGUGGAGGAGGGUCAGAGAGGUGGAGAGAGGCCCAGCAUGAGAGACAAACAGCCAGGGAGGCCAGAGGACAGACAUCAGUUUUCUGCCCUGCUGCUACGUACCCUGCCCCCGGCCAGCGGAACAGAGAACCCAGAGACGGAACCCAGGCGGAUUCUUCUGGUUCUAGAACCUUCCAGCAGGGGAUCAGAGUAGGUUCUAGUUCUGGUUCCGGAGGGUUCCAGAACCAAAGUCGGAGAGAGCAGUACUCGGUACCCGAUCUGGCAUUUAAUAAGAGAGGAGGAGGAGGAGGGAUGAAGCAGGACAACGGACCUGCACCAGCUGCCUCUAAACCAGUCCAGCACCAGACAGAGUCCAGUUCUAACUGUGUAUCAGAACCUAAAGGGGUCCAGAGGUCUGACAGCAGAACAGACAACAGAGCUGAGCCCAACAGCAGACGGAGAGGAGGAGGGGGGAAGUCCAACAGGGAAAGGCCCAACUCUGACAACUUUGACCGUUACCGGGACAACGGACCGUCGAACUCUUCUACGUCGUGGGCGGGGCAAGAGAAGGACUGUAGCGCCGGGACGCAGGACUGGGGCGUGUCCCGUGGUGAGUCUCGUCCAGUGAAAGGCCAAGUGGGCAGCGGCCCAGGCUCGGGGUCACACCUCCAAAAUGGUGACUCGUCAACGGAACACCGGACAGGGCCAAUCAAACAACAGAACUACUCCUCUGGUCCCGCCCCCAGGGAGAGGGAGGAGCCACACAACAGGAACAGCACUAACCCCGCCCAUAACAACUCCAACACCGCCCCUAAGAAGAGAACGGGGCAGGUCAAAGGGCAGAGGUCAGACCAGAGGUCAGACCAGGGGCAGGUUGGGACCAUGGAGCCUGCAAUGGCUCAAGGCCUGGGGAACUUGAAACCAGGAGACCAGGUUCUAGCGCUCUACUGGGAAGACAACAAGUUCUACAGGUCCAGGAUAGAUGCUGUUCAUCCCUCUGGUCUCACGGCCGUCGUGGUCUUCACUGAGUAUGGAAACUGUGAGGAGGUCCUUCUACACAACAUCAGACCGGUCAGCACGGACUUCUGGAAGGAAGAGGAGGGGCUAGAGUACCGGCGCGGGGGAGACGGGCAGCCUAGGACCACCACGAGGACACGGCCCACGGUCCAGUAUUACCAGCCGCCCAGGGCCAGGGACUGACUGACCACAUCAUGACUGAGUUACGACGGAGUCCACAAAGGAUCCCAGAGGUCGACGCAUCUGACCUCAAAAACCUCACAUCUUUCUUCUCCCGGGGUUGCAAAAUUCCCGAGACUUUCCCAGGUUUUUUCCCAGAAAUCCCUGUUUUGGAGGAUUCCACGUCCUUAUUUGUUCCCUCCUGAUUCCACAGAAUCUUUCAACUGUGGAUUUCUGAGAAACGGACUUUUGGGAAAGUUAGUGGGAGGCCUUUUUUUGCAGGCCUUCUCUCCUCUUCACCAAAAUACACACGAUGACCGACUCUUCCUCUGUGUCCACUUUGUGUCUCUAUAUCAAGAAGUGUGAAACAUUCAGGAAAAGGGCUUGUUGCUCAAAAAGAGGCUGACGACGAGGACUCUUAGCUAACAGACUUUGUGAAGCGCACAGCCGCUGAACACGAGGAAGAUUUGUAAAAUAGUUUAUUAUUAGACGAAUAAAAACACUGCUCCUGUA